AUGGAACUGAACGAUUUCCCGACGGAGGUUCUGGGUCUCAUCCUUCGAUCGCUCUUCGACGAGAAGGGUGAAUACGGCGAACUCACGUAUGGCUACCAUGACAUCGCCAACGCCCGAUUGGUGUGCCGGAAAUGGAACACGCUUGCGACACCUCAUCUCUUCGAGACAAUCACACUCGUACACCAUGAUGCCCCGGAAGCCGACUUUGACGAAGACGAAGAUGUAGAAGAAGCAGACAGCAGCGAAUUCCGAAUCUGGAACAAGAUGGUCGACAACGACACCAUCCGCAACGUGGCUCAGUGUGCGGUGAUCAGGAGUGCCCCCGAAGAUUUGGCAAACGACGGUGACUGGGAGAUCUGGGAGGACUGGAAGAACAAGGGCGAGUUCCCACGAUUCACUAAUGCUGUGGCCCGCAUCACUGAGUUGAAGAAUUUGCGAAUGUUGCAUCUGCGCUUCUCCGACAAAUGCCGAGGGGAAACGACAGACUCUAGGGGUUGGGAUGAUGGGUGGGAGGAUGGCGUUGAGCCUCUUGGUGCUCGAUUCGCAACUCUCAAGACGGUCUUCAACGCGAUGGCAACCCGGGCUAAGGAUUCAGAUGCUACCAAGAUCCGAUGGCUGAGACUGGAGAACGUGCAAAAUACUUCGCUUGAAAGCCUGGUUGCGCCGGCAAUGGCAGACACCGUCAAACACAUCAAUCGACUGGAUCUCCUGGUUCUGGAGGAAUGCAACGAACACGGUCCCGACCACGACCUUAACUGCAAGGAGCGGUGGCUAUUUGAACCUCACCUACAAAAGGAGAUCUUGCCCAAAUUUUCCGACUCUCUGACGACAUUGACUCUUGGGUUUCAAGAGUACUGGGGAACUGCGCCUGGUCACUUUGAUGGCAAGGGACUGCAAUUCCCGCGUCUCAAGACGCUCAACCUCGUCAACUUUGUCAUUUCUCACCAUGACCACUUCGACUGGGUCUUGGCACAGACCUCCUUGACAACGCUGCGGUUGUUGAACUGCCGCAUUGCCUCUCACCUGCGUAUCUAUGACGAACUACUGACUACGUCGGGCACGCCUACGCAUGAUUGGGAGCGAUGCCCGGAUGGCGCAUUUGGUUUCACGUACAACGACGACCGUGUUUACACGUUCUCAGGGAGGUGGGAAACCAUUUUCAACGGCAUCCACACAAAGCUCACGAAUCUCACCGACUUCUACUUCAAUACUGUACAGUACUUGAAUCACCCUUUCAGACGUUUGGAAAACAUGGAUGACAUGAAAAACCGUUUGUUCCCCAACCGUUACAUUGUCUUGGAUGCUGGCCUCCUCCCUAGCCCGUGGAUUGAGUCUUCUGAGGUCGACGGCAAGAUGGAAUUUGGGAAUAACGACCCUACUCCAGUUGCGCCAGACAGCACGGAUAACCGCUAUAUUACGAAAUGCGAGCUUAAUGUUGGGAAGGAGUUAUCAAUGUAUGAUUUUCGAGCGUUUGACUCGUUGAUCAGAGCCACGUGGAACAGGAAGAAUGGCUGGGAUUGGUGGUCAAGAAAAAGCUCUCCACCGAUCACUAGACCAACUGCAAAGCCACGUCCAGCGUUUGUGUUCGGUGCCUAA